AAACUGUAUUGUGGUGUCACCACUGUUAUUUUAAGUCUGUCAAAACGCGGUCACACCUGCAAUCGCGCGUUUUGCGGCCCAAUCGGAACAAAAACAUAAACUGACCAGUUUUAGUGGAUUUAAAUAGUGGAGUUGCGAUUGAUUGCUACAGGAGCCAUCGAGAGUGAUGCGGAGAUGUGCGCCGACCUUGCCGGGAGCCACUGCCGCCGCUGUUCCACCCACCGACCCCCCGAAGUGAGGUCAACACGUCACCGUUCGAGCCAAUUAGAGACUUGCAUUUCCGCACCGUUCCCCGCGUCCGAUCGCCAUCGACCAGGAUUACGUUAUAUGCGCGUACGAUGGGCAUGCAGGACGACCUGGAUGGCAUCGUGAGGCAUCGUCGCCGGAGCCGGAGCUUCCUGCAGAUCGUCGCGCUCACCAUGGCCGGUUUGGUGGCUUUCAGUCCCGCCCAGGUGCUAGCUGGGCACCCAACUACUGAUUCGGAGCUCCAGACUGCCGGAUCUCCCCGUCCCCCCGGGCUCGUGCACUGUGUAGAUCAGGAGGAGCGCCGCGUUGCAAGAAGACUCCUAUACAUUUCCACGCUCGAUGGUCGACUGAGCGCUCUGGACAUCGCCAAGUCUGGAAAACUGCGUUGGAGUGUGCCUACCGGACCGGGGCCACUAAUCUCGUCCAGCAUCCAUCGAUUGGAGCUGACCAACAAUGGACAAUUAGUACGCAUGAUUCCCUCUUUGAGCGGCGGCAUCUACAAGUUCGACGGGGACUCCAUCGAUCCCAUUCCAAUCACGGCAGAGCACCUACUCAGCUCGAGCGCCAAGUUCAGCGAUGAUCUGGUGAUAUCCGGAGGCAAGGAGACACGCUCCUACGGCGUUUCCGUUCGCACUGGCCAGCUGCUGUAUGAAUGUUCCCUAAACGGAUGUGUUAACUCUACGGAGGAAGGGCUUGCAAUCGACGACACCAUUAGGGAGCCCGAUGAGGAGGAUCAGCUGGAGGACGGGGAACAGUUAAGGGACGAUGCCGGCUAUAUAGUGCGCCAUGAUCCCCUUCUUGACGACGUUAUUAUUGUUCGCCGACAGACACAGACGGUUCGGGCCGUGGAAUCCCGGACCGGAAUGGAGCGUUGGAACUUUAGCGUAGGUCAGCAUGAGUUGGAUCUGGUGAGACCUUCCGAGUGUCAGCUACAGCCGCGCGAUGAGCUGGAGCUGGCUGUUUUGGAUGUGGAUAUAAAGGUGGUAGUGCCCGAGGGAAUUAUCUGCGCCUUCAGCAAAAGUGAGCCACAGACGAUGCUGUGGAAGUACAAGUUUGAUCACCCAAUUGUGAGUGCCUGGAAUACGAAUGCUGACGACGAAUUGAAGCCUAUUGAUUUGUUUAGCUCGGCCCAGUGGCUUUGGGACCAGGACGAAAAUGACAAGGAGCUGCCCAAUGCGCCACAAAGCCCGCCAUCCAUCUACUUGGGCAUGUACGAUAAACAGUUGUAUAUUCAGGAGUCAAUCCGUCUGCGCCAGGAGAUUAUGGACCAGACCAAUGUCUAUCAGCAGCUUACGGGCGACACCAGUCUGAUGCCCAGGAUUCCCUGGAAGCCGAUAGCCGCUAGUAGCAACUCGCUGGUCAUCUUUCGGAAAGACCAAGAGGACCCUGAAAUGAUUGCUGAGGGAGCUGGGGCACAAGGAGGGGAAUUGGUGCCCUAUGAUGAUCAAAACUUCGCUGUAGCAGCGCAGUCCGUAUUGAAUGCAUCGGAGUUUGUCAAUGGCAAUGGUUUUUACUUCUACACCACUGGCGAUCUGAACGGCCCGCAAGAGUGCGGUACGCAGAAUAAUCCAACUGACCUUCCAGCAAUCACAGCUCCAACAUCGCCUACCAAUGCCACAUCUGAGGGAACGGAAGCUACUGGAAACCAUAGCAUCAACGACGAUUUGGGCUUCAGUUUGGACGACAUUGAUGCGCCUGUAAAGGUUGUGAUAUUGUCGUUGUGGUUCUGGUGGAAGGAAAUCGUGGUCAUAGCAUUUACGUCGGCCGUGAUCCUAAAUAUUUUCAUGGGGCAACGAAACCAGCGCGUGGAGCGAGAGUAUCUGGUCAUUGAACGUCAUGUGCCUGUUCAAACGGCCAUCGAGGCCACUGAAGCAUCCACACAGGCUUUACUUGGACCAGUGGUGCCGAUGCAACGACCUGGAAAUCGUUUUAGCUUCCCACCUCGACAAGCAAAUCAGCGCACCUUUUCGGAGUCCACAACUCAUUCAGGCGAGCAUUACACUUCCCGCUUUCAGUCCGACUUCGAGUUGAUGCAGUGCCUUGGUCGCGGAGGUUUCGGAGUGGUCUUCGAAGCUAAGAACAAGCUGGAUGAGAACCGGUACGCAAUUAAGCGCAUAACGCUACCCAAUAAGGAAUCUUCAAGACAGCGAGUCCUUCGCGAGGCUCGAACUUUGGCCAGUUGUGAGCAUCACAACAUCGUGCGAUACUUCCAUUCCUGGACCGAGACACCGCCGACUGGUUGGCAGGAAGAAGAGGAUCGCAAGCUGCUUGCCCACGAGCUGUCCACCUCUAUCCAGAUAGAGACGCCGGACGAUAGUACAAUGCCUUCGUUGGCGGAGCAGUUGAAGGAGAAACGACAACAGCAACUCUUGUCCUGGGUUUCGGAUGCAGCCAAUAGCACCGCUUGUAGUCACGACUUUCAUCUACCAGGCGAGUCAUCACUCAGGAACAUACGCGAGGAGUACGACGACGAUGAGGAAGAGGACUCGCUCAUUGAAUUCCGAAGCGAGUCGCAGUCAGCCGCUUUACGCGCAGAGGAGGAGGAUGAUACCGACGACGAUGAUGAAGAGGAUGAAGAGCAGCAGGGAGACCAUGUGAAACGCCAUCGCAGCUCCGUGUCCAUUGACAUCCAUUCGGCAUCGUUUGACCUAAAGAACAUAAACUACUCACAGCACCAACUGGUCUCCAAUUCGUUUCAAAUCGAAUCUGUGCGUCCCAAGAGCAGUGGAAGUGAUGAUGCGGAUGACGAUAAUAAAGCUAGAAGGAAGCCCCUUACCUUGGCACUGGCCCAAAAUCACAAUAACAACCAAAACGGGAGCCAUCCGACGCCCUCCAGUGCCACAAUUCUGAACGGAACGGUGGCCAAGCCCAGCAAGGUGUACCUCUACAUCCAGAUGCAGCUAUGCCGCAAGGAGAGUCUGCGCGACUGGCUGAGGGACAACCGGUCGGAAGCUAGGGCUGCCCACAUUGGUGACAUUUUUCACCAGAUCGUUGAUGCCGUUGACUAUGUACAUUUGAAGGGUCUGAUUCAUCGGGACCUGAAACCAAGCAACAUAUUCUUUUCGCAAGAUGGGCAGAUAAAGAUUGGAGACUUCGGGCUCGUCACUGACAUGGCCGAUAUCCCCAACCUAGUGGCCAAGUGUGGGGACCAAAGUGGGCUGCCCUCCUGUGCCCGACACACCCAGCAGGUGGGCACCCACUUAUACAUGUCGCCGGAACAGCUUUUGGGCCAGCACUACGACUACAAGGUGGACAUCUAUUCACUGGGACUGAUCUUCUUCGAGCUGCACGUGUACUUCAGCACUGAAAUGGAGCGGAUCAAGACACUGCGCAGUCUCCGGGACGGCCAGUAUCCCAAGGAUUUCGCUGUCAAUUACCCGCAGCAGUACGACUUGCUCCAACAAAUGCUAUCCGCCCAGCCAGAGCAACGCCCGCAGACCAAGCAGCUGAAAAGCCAGUUGCGAAACAUCCUGCAGCUACCUCAUCUCCUCUUGGAAGGACGCAGCGAGCAGGCUGAGCUGGCGGAGCGGGCCAGGCGCCUGAGUCGCAGCCGCACCUUCAGCAGCUCCAGUGAGCCGCAUCAGUGAUAGAUCAGACACCAUGGGUCAUGAGCUUGGACACCCAUUCUGUCAGCGCCAAACUCAGUCACUUAUAGCAUUUCGCUUGUAAGUCAUCCGUAUCGCCAUCGCUUAUUCCUCACCUGGCUAUGCCUCAUUCGCUGACCUCGACCCGUAAAAGUCGCAGAUUCAUUACCGGGCAACACUAGAUUCAAUAAGUUUUGUAUUACGUUUACCUUUACUCUUGCGCGUCGCAAAUUACCAACAAAAUGUCCUUUUGUUUUUAAGACUUAACGUUAGGAAUUAUACAUACACAUAAUGAUGUACUCCUAAACAGUCGUUAGCCUAAGUUGAUGACCUACGAUGCUAAAUUGUUUGUCUUAGUUUGUUUCUACCCAUGUAGCCGCCCAACCAAUGCGAGAGUUUGUUUUUAGUCGUAGGCGAUAAGAUUAAAAUAAAAAUGUCAAAAAUAGAAAUGGAAAUGUUUUCUAAUUGCCCAUAGAGAUAAUGGUUGUGACUAAUCGCUUGGCUUGCCUUAAAGCAAUCGCCGCAUGCGGCAAGCGUUGUGUGUAGUAAUGAAAUUGGUUGAGGCGCUGAAACGUCUUACAUAAAUGUUAUAAGUCACUAAGUAAUCGUGUACGUACGUGUGAUUGAUGGGAAUUUCAUAGGGUAUGAAACUCAUGGUUAACAAUAUUUCUUCAGUCAUUUUUUUUGUUAGCUGUUGUUGAAAAAACAUUUUUUUACAUUGGGUUAUAUAUAACACGUUUAAGGAUUAAUGUUAGAGCCAAAAUAGUUUACUGUUAAGGAAAAUAGGCAACUUAAUAAAAAUCAAGGAAUCAUUCCAUUCGCAUGACGGCUAA